AUCUCAGAAACCUAAGAAAAUCGUAGCAGCAAAGCCAUGAGGCAGUCACAAGCUCUCUCGCUUCUCGUCCUCCUCGUGCUUCUCACCUCGUCCAGUGCUUCGAUUCUAGAAGAUGCGUGCAGGAGCUUGGGCAACCCUUACUACUACAACACCUGCAUCAAGUUCUUCAAGGCCGACAAGGAGAGCGCCUUGGCGAACAAGCGCGGCCUCGCCGUCAUCGCCACUGGAAUCGCCAAAAAGACGGCCGUGGUCAACCUCAAGCGCAUCGCCGCCAUGAAGGUCGUGGACAAGGACCCGAAGAUCCAGGCGAUCCUUGUCUUCUGCGACCAUUUUUACUCCAUAGCCGUGGGCCUGUUCGAUGAGGCAGCCAAGUGCAUCUGGUCGAACAAGGUGGGCGACGCGGUGACGAGCCUCGGUUCCGCGUGGAACGUCCCCCGGAGCUGCGAGGACGAGUUCCGCAAGGCAGGAGUGAAGUCGCCGUUGCAUGCCGAGAACUCCGAGUUUGAGAUGGAGUGCAUCAUCACUAUGGGUGCAACGGAGCGGCUGCGUGUUGUGUAGGAGUAGUUAGCUAGCCGCCGAGGAUAUGUAUGUACUAUCUGGGUAGAGUCCAUUGCCAUUUCAA